CUGGAUCGUGUUCCAGACUGGUUUAUCAAUUUUGAUGGGGUACAUAGCUGGUCAACUUUCUGCAAACGUUGUUUUCGCCGUGGGUAUUGUACUAGUGUACCCCAUCGUAGUCAAGCUAAUAAUCCUAGAGUCAAUUGCCAGAAAUUUAAACCGUGGAUGGCAAAAUGGAUUCGCAUGCAUUGGGCAUAUCGAAGCUUGCAAAUGGGUAUCAUACUCAGGAUAUGGGGGGCAGUAAUGUUUGGUUACCUUGCCGCUCUACUGGCGGUUAACAUUGUUUUCGCCAUUGCAGUAGUACUGGUCUAUCCUACCGUGGUGAAAUUACUAAUCCUGGAGUCAAUGAACAGAAAUUUGGAAAUUGAAACUCAAAAUACCUCCGCAUACCUGGGCACAUAUCGGACUCUACAAAUUCUGUCAACCAUGCAUAAUUCCGUCCUGAGUCAGCCGCUUAUGCCCGCAUUGGUCGGAGGCGUGACUGUGUGUCAAAGCUUCGCAUUGUGCAUUAUAAUAGCCCCAACAUCUGAAGUCCCUAUCCCUAUUUUUCUACUCUUCAGUCAGAUAGCCUUGAACAUGUUCGUUGUAAUUAUAGUACCUUUCAAAAUGAUGUCUGGUCCAUUGGUAAAAUCAAUGAAGCUACUGAAAUCUCUGGAAAGGAUGAAUGGAAAGAGUUCGGUGAAACAAUUCGUCAAGUCUUGCCCACCGUCUAAGCUGAACUUAGGAGAUGGAAAGUUCUUUGAUAAAGCAACGUCACUUGUGAUAUUGAGUAAAAGUGUUGAUUUGCUGAUCUAUUUUUUACUGAUAUAGUUUGGA